UGGGCAGCUGUUCCAGCACCUCACCACUCUCACAGUAAAGAACUUUGAGAGUGGCCUGCAUGCUCAUUUCAUAGCCACACUCAGUACAGGAACCCCUGUAGGAAUCAGGAGCUAUGGAACGAUUUAGGAUUUCUGUGACUUCUCCAGAGACAAACCCUGCUCCUCCUGUCUGCUCACACGCCCUGCAGCACCAUCCUGAGUGAUGCCAGCAGCUCUGGGACAGGAGCAGUGCCCUCUGCCAAGGAAAGGGCUUAGGGCUGGCAGCUUGAGGGAAUGCAAGGUCUGCUUACUGCAUCACCAGCAUGGAUGUUACAGGAACGUGCUCUGUUGCUGAGAUGAACCCCAGGCCUUCUGCACAGCAUUUCAACCUGCUAAUGCUAUAACUAGUUCUUUGGGAACAAAAAAUGCAAAUAGGAGCAUGUGACAGUGAUAUUCAGGGAGCAUUUAUAGCCCCCAGGAAACAGGUGCAGAGAGGAAGAGUUGCCAGCUUCCUUCUCAUGGCUAGAUGGCAGGUUGUGGAGAUUUACAGCACAGCAUCAGCUGCCAUCUGGUUGUAACUGCUCUCAGCAUGCCAGGCUCCUCUCAAACCCAAACCUAGAGGAACUUUGCCUGACAGAGUUUCACACAGCCUGCCUGCUAUCAGCUGGAAUUCAAAUGCUGAAGGCUGACACCGAUGCUGGGUAAGGGGAUACCUGGCACAUUUACAUCCCAGCACCUGCGCUGCUCUGGGUGGGAGCAGCACUGAGGUCCCCCCAGCCCUAUAAAGGGCUCCAUUUCCUCACGCAGGACAGACAUCUCAGCUAACCUCAGCUCCAGCACAGAAGAGCUGCCCCCAGUGCAGGAUGGCAGAGCAGCACGGGUACAACACAACUUCAUCCAGUAAUGCCUUCGUGAUCGUCUUCACGCUCCAGGCGCUGGCCGGCAUGUGGAUCAAUUCCUUCAUUGUGGCUGUGUCUUGCAUGGCGUGGUUCAAAAAGAAAAGCAUGAACUCUAAUGAGAAGAUCUUGCUGUUUCUGGGCUGCUUCAGGUUUUGGUACUUGUGUGCCACAUGGAUAUACAUCAUUAUUUCAGUGUUAUUUUCCCAGCAUCUUUUAGGCAGAGGCGUAUCCCUCGCCUUUGCCAUUUCUCUGUGCUUUUUAAACUCUUCCAACUUGUGGACUUCUGCCUGCCUCUAUGCUUUUUACUGUAUAAAAAUCGCCAAUUUCAGGCACCACUUCUUCAUCUUCCUGAAAGCCAAAAUUGACAGGAUUGUGCCAUGGCUGCUGCUGAGCUCCGUGGUUCUGUCCCUGCUCAACUGCAGCCCUUUCCUCGAAGUUACUGAUGAAGAGAACAAUACCAGCACCAAUUUCACCACCCAUGGGAUUUUCUGGAAAGUGAACAAAGAAAUAAGGGAACAUUUUCACACUAUAAUUUUAAUCUGCACAUCUGGGUUUUCCAUGGCAUUCAUAACAGUAACCUUCUCUGCCUUCCUCCUCCUCUUCUCCCUCUGCAGACACAAGCACAAGAUGCAGAACAGCUCCGCCAGGAGCCUCAGCACGGACGCCCACAUCAAAGCCAUGAAAUCCCUUCUGUCCUUCUUCUUCAUCUACUGCAUUAAUUACAUCAUCUUGAUGUCAACAGUGUAUUACAACAAUGAGAAUAAUCUCCUGACGUUACUCCUUUUGGUCCUUCAAUAUGCUUUUCCAGUCGUUCAUUCCCUUAUUCUGAUUUUUAGCAAUCCCAAACUGGAAAGGAUAGUGCUAGGGAUUCUGCCUUGUGCAAAAUGCAAGGACUGCACCAGGAAGCCCACCAAAACAUUGAUGCUUUGUUCUUCAGUUCAGGUCCUGCCAUCUCUAAUGGAGUCCUCAGGACACUGUGGAUGA